GGGCCUGGGGCUUGAGUAGUUAUUUGCCGUUUGUUUCCCAAAAUUGUUGUUGACUGUGUUGACUGUUGACCCUCAAAUUUUGAGAUCAAGAUUGGGCCCUUGAAUUAAGAAAGAUAAUUCAGUAAGCAGUCUCUGGGUGCAGGGCGAGGAAAGCUUAUUCAAACCUUUCAGUCCGAGGGGAACAGUCAAUUUUAGAUUUCUAUUCUUGUCCAAAUCUCUGGGAUACCCCAUGGAGAUGGACACCUCAGGGGACUGGCCAGAGGAGCCGCUGCGGCUGGCCGGCCUGCCGCCUGCCUGGGAUGAAUUCAACCAGCUGUCGUCACCCCCGGCGCCAUCACCGUCGCCGGCGCGGACCGCCAGCUCGGCCCGGCGCAGCCGCCGGCGCCUCUCCGGGAUUCAGCCCUGCUCCUCGCACCGUAUGACGCUGCGGCGCCGCAGCGGCGUGGCCCCGCUGUCCCCAGUGGAGCGCUCCCUGGGCGCCCUGCAGCUGGGAGACGGCGGCCCCGAGGAGCGGCCGUCGUCGACCAGUCCCGCGCCGGCUGCCGUCGACGUCCCGCCGUUGUCGCCACCGCCGCCGCCGCCGCCGCCGCCGCCGCAGCCUGGUACGGCGGAGAAGCCGGCGCGGCGUCCCGCCCGGCGCCGCUCGCUGGUGCUGCUGAACGCCCCGCCGCCGGCGCCGGCCGCCGAGACCACGCGGAAGUCGCGGCGGCGCUCGUUCGGCGGCCGGUCCGCGGCCGACAGAGACCUGGCCGACGCGGUGCCGGAGCCGAGCGACGGCGUCGACAAGGAGAACGGGUGGCUGGGAGACGGGGAGCGGCCGUCGUCGCCCGUCCAGUCCGGCCAGGACCGGGGCCGGUCGGCCAGCGAGACCGACCUGCUCAGGGAGGUGGCGGAGUGGCGGCGCGGGGCCAGCGCGGGGAGCCGGGCGGCGGGGCCGGAGGGAGACACGGCGGACGGCUGCGGGUCUGUGGCGGCCCGCGACACGGCACAGGACGCCGCCAGUGCCGACGAACCAGCCGCCAGCCAGCAGCCCCGCCGGCCAGCGGCGGCUAGCCGGCGGCAGCGGCGCCGGUCCGCCGGCGGCGCCCUGUUCCCUGCCGCCGAGCUACCGGCCCCGCCGGACUCCGCGGCCGCCGGUGCCGAGACGGAGACCAUGGAGUCGGCAGCAGCAGUCACCUCUGUCGCCUCCGACACCGCCGCUACAGACACCGCCGCCGGCCCCUCGGCGCCGACGCCCGCAGCCGGCACCUCGGUGCAGUCCGCGACUGGACUCCCGGCCGAGCUGGUGAUGUAUUAUUUGAACCAGAACUACCAGCCGCCGGCCGAGAGCCGCCUGCCCACCAUCGCGGAGGAGGUGGCCGAGCCGGCGGCGCCGGCGCGCCCGGCCCGGACGGCGCGGCGCCGCUGCGCAGCUGACCUGGGUGUGGUCAGGAAGUGCGCCAUGGAGCUGACACCGGCCAAACAGCGGCUCCGAAAGCUGAAGGCCCAGCGGUUGAACGGCAAGGCGCGCAGCCGCAAAGGUCGUCCGACUACGCUCAAGUUGAGUAAGCAGCUGGACGCGCGGCUGAAUGAGCUUGAUUUGUUCCACAAAGAGCAAGAGGCGCGGGAAAGGGCGGAGCAAGAGGCUCGGGAACGGGCGGAGCAAGAGGCUCGGGAGCUGGCAGAGCGAGAAGGGCGGGAACGGCAGACGGCGGCCGUCCCAGACUGCGCCGGGUCCGCAGAGAACGAGCCUAUGGACGUGGAGUCGGCCCCUGCACCGCUCCCGUCGCCGCCGCUAGCGGGGAGCGCGGCCCGCUCGCCCGGCUCCGACUGCGGCCAGUCGCCGCUGCUGGGCCGUCCGCCGCGCUCGCCGGCGCCGCUGGGCCCGCUGCCGCUGGUUGUGCCCGACCUGGACGCCACCUGGACCCGCUCGCCGGCGCUGGGCGACGUGGACCUGGACGGCAGCGUGCUGAGCCGCGCCGGCUCCGAGCUGGUGCUGGAGCUGACCCGCUCCAGCGUCGACUCGACCCUGUCGGACGGGCGGUCACCGGACGGCCCGCCGCCGCCGGUACGGAGGGCGGCCGCGUCUCCUGUGAUCGUGGGCGGCGGUGAGUUGAAUCUGGCGGCGCUGCGGCGCGCCGACCGACUCAGUGACGGCGAGGAGGCGCCCUCGCCGUGUGUGGGCGGCCGCCUGGACCGGGCUGUGCUGCUCUCCCCCGGCGACUCGACGUGACGGCCCAGCCGCGUGCCGGGCGCUCCCGGGACGCUGGGCGGGCAGAGUGGGGACUGAGGCGUGGGCCCAGCGAGGCGUGUGCUGAAUUCAGUGUCGGUGGCACGUGGCGGUGCUAAUGCUACGUCAGUUGUGAUGACGUGACUCUUAGUAGAUUUUCGGACUUGUGUGAUGGGAUAUGUUGAUAUGGUGUCGGCGUUACGUGAUGCAUUGAUCGGAGCUGUUUUCGGUGUGGGUACCGAUCCGAGGACCACCCUGCUGCUCUGGAUCUGAGGGGUCGCCCUCAGAUUCUGCAGCUUCAGAUCCCGUCUCUGUGCACGCGUCGUCAUGUCAGCAGUGGGUGAAGUGUCUUGCAAUCUACUGUCAUACGUGGAAGUAGUGGAAUAUUUUAGAUCUUGCCCAGAUCGUGCCAUUACGCGACAUCCAAUUCUCGUGUGCUCCAAUAUGCCGAAGUUGUCGGCUCUUUGGUUCUGUGUUCUUCGCUAACGUGCUACACUGUAAAUACAUACGAAUGUCGUAA